CUUCGCUAGGGUUUUAGUAUUUUAACAUUUCGCUUCUUCGUCUCCCUCCUCUUCGCCAAAGAUUUCACAUAGUUUAGUUUCGACGGCCUCAACGAUCCUUCAGCCAUGCCGUUCGUGAAAGCGCAAAAGAGCAAGGCUUACUUCAAGAGGUAUCAAGUGAAGUUCAAGAGAAGGCGUGAUGGUAAGACUGAUUAUCGUGCCAGGAUCCGCCUCAUCAACCAAGAUAAGAACAAGUACAACACCCCAAAAUACCGUUUUGUCGUGAGAUUUACCAACAAGGACAUAGUCGCGCAAAUUGUGUCUGCCAGUAUUGCUGGUGACAUUGUUCUUGCAUCUGCUUAUGGUCAUGAGUUGCCCCGCUAUGGCCUUGAGGUGGGGCUCACAAGUUAUGCUGCAGCUUAUUGCACUGGGCUCCUUUUGGCUCGUCGUGUCCUUAAGAUGCUUGAGAUGGACAGCGAGUAUGAGGGCAAUGUUGAGGCAACAGGAGAGGAUUUCUCUGUGGAGCCAACUGACACCAGGAGGCCAUUCCGUGCUCUCCUCGAUGUUGGUCUUGUGAGGACAACAACUGGAAACCGUGUUUUCGGUGCCCUUAAGGGUGCUUUGGAUGGUGGGCUUGACAUUCCGCACAGUGACAAGAGGUUUGCUGGGUUCAACAAGGAGAGCAAACAGCUUGACCCUGAAGUUCACAGGAAAUACAUCUACGGUGGUCACAUCGCUGAUUACAUGAGGCUGUUGAAUGAGGACGAGCCAGAGAAGUACCAGUCUCAUUUCAGUGAGUACAUCAAGAGAGGUAUUGAGGCAGAUAACAUGGAGGCAUUGUACAAGAAGGUUCAUGCAGCCAUCCGGGCCGACCCAUCCGUGAAGAAAUCAGAGAAACAGCCUCCUAAGGAGCAUAAGAGGUUUAAUGCAAAGAAACUCACGUAUGAGGAAAGGAAAGCUCGUUUGAUUGAGCGGUUGAAGGCUCUGAACUCUGCGGGUGGAGCGGGUGACGAUGAUGAUGAGGAUGAAGAUGAAGAGUAAACCAGAAUCACACCCUGUUGUGCUGCUAGGGAUUUUGUUUUGCGUUGCUGUCGAGGUUUAUAUUUUUACUCAGUGUCUUGACGAACCAAGCAUUGUCCUUUUUGGCUAUGUAGUCUUGAAGCUGUCUUGUUAUGUCUCAGAGGCCUUUUUUCAUGAGAUUCAUAAUAUGGUGGUUUGUUAAAUCUAACAUAAUAUAUAAGCUGCGGAAUUUUAAAUGAA